CUUUGAAUAUAUUAAAUAGGUUGAUAAAUAUGAACCAAAGUUUAGAGGCUAGAAUGCUCAAAAAGUCCUAAACUAUUAGAAAAUUCCACAAAGGCACAGAAUAGGAUAACAAUCCUGAGGAGUAAGGAACACCUGGCUGGGAUUAUUGUAGGCAACUUCUUUAGUAUCGAGGAAAAGGAGGAAUAUGAAUGUGGAGAAGAUCUUAAAAGAUGACUUAGUAAUGGAAGAAAUAAAGUUGUUACUGGAUGAGAUAGCACUCAAGUGACAAUUUGAUCACUUGACUCACAAAAACAACAGUAAACUCUUAGGUAGGAGUGUUUAAAUGAUAUAAGAGGGGUUGAAGUUGACCCAGAAUGAGCCUGUGGUUAGUUAAUAUUCUUGCAAAUUUCUGAAUACUAAAAACAGUCCAAAUGUUAUUUAUGACUGUUAUAACAUACCAAAAUUAUUUGAAACUAGAUAUUGCAACAAAUAAGCUCGAUGGAAUUGUCAGUGGUGCCGAUUUCAUGUUAAAACUUCUCAUAUCCUUAAACUUAAUCACAACAUUUAUAAGUCAAUUUACCUGGGAUCUAAUGAUUAUAUACUUCGGAGACUUGCCAAACUCUUCAGAAUCAUUAAGCUUGAGAAUUUAGAAAAUGACUCAGUUGAUUGCUACAGCCCAUUCUCUCAGGUAGAUGCCAAAGCCUUAAUGAAGAGCUACAAUGUCUCUAUAUGAUAGAGAGCACUAAGGAAUAUUUGUGCAUAAGUACUUAUUUUUGAUCGAGCUGAUCUCUUAAUACUGAAUGAAUUCUUAAAUUCUUUGGUUUGAUCAGAGAGGAUGUGAAAAGUUUAAAAAUGAUCGAUUGAUUGUUAUGAAUGACUUAAUGCUAGACUGUACUAUCAAAUCUUGACUCUGACAUUAAUAAAUGUUUAUUAUACAAUAUUAUAAC